GGGGUGGCUUUGUCGAGGCACUGAACCUCCCAGCAAAAUAAACAGGAAACUUGUGAGUGAGGGUUUCUCUUCCCUUAGACAGGCGAAAGUUCAGGUUUGUAUGUGUAAACUAGAGAAGGGCUACAAGUGUCUGCCAACAAAGCUCCAGGUGAAUUCCUUUCCAUCACCAGGCUCUGCAGGUUCUUUGGCAGCCCAGGGGCUAAGGCAGCUGAUUUGCUCAUUGCCGUUCGGUGUUUAAAGGCAGAACACCUGCUGUCUUGCCGACAGUCCAGCAAACCCUAGCUGUGAGAGGACCACUUACAAAUUCACAUCUGGAAAAGGUAGAGGAUGCUGAAGGCCCCGUGUUUUCCAGUUAGAGGAUGAUCCUGCUUGAACCAGAGUCAACACAGAAUCACUGGCUAAGGGAGGAGAGGCCUGUUAGGCCUUGGUGGGAUGCAAGAGAGCAUGAUGACCACCUUGCGGAUGGUGAAGCCACACUGUGCCAAUGAAGCCAACCUCAUUUCCUCCUUCAGGGAAAGUCUGCAGCAAUCUCCCUUCCUCCAGAAGUCAGAAGGCCCAGCGAACCCCAGGAGUGUCCUGUUUGGUCCUUUUUUGUUUUUAGUUUGAUACAAACCCCAGCCUCCUUUCUCCAGGGAUUUUCUUGCAGUUACCAAUUAUUUUAAAAUAUCCAGUUGAAAAGGGCACACAUUUAAGAGUUUGACACCAGUGUGAAUGACUUAAAUGCUUAAGACAAGCUAUAGAUGGCACAGGGUGACUUGAGGGGUAAAAAUCCUUGUCUACGUUUAGAAAGCACGGUGUGUCUGUCAUCAAUACAACAAAGGACAAACGCAGAUGUGGCAAUAUGAACCUUUUCCCAGAUGGGUCAAGAAAGUGUGCCCUAGACAAUGCACCGUUGAGGGUCUAGCUGGUACCAAGGAGGACACCAGUGUUUUUCUGGACAUUGGGCUUGAACAAGAAUAUGAAAAGUUCCACAGCAUCAUGUUGAUGAGUUUGAGUUGAACCCAGAGAUCAUUCAUAAGGGAAGGGGAACAUGAACACAGAUGUACAUAUUCCCCCCAUACACACAAGCACACACACACACACACACGCACACACACACAUGCACACAUACACACACAAGCACACACACAUACACGCACACAGACACACACACAUACACGCACACCACACAUACACACAGGUUGUUUCUUGUUUUCAUUUAGCAAAUAUUAUUUUGUGGCAAAUUUCAAAGAGUUAUAACUUUAGAUUACAAUACUCAUUUUGAUUGCUUCUCCUGAUUCCGCAGAUUUGUAAUUAUCUCCCAUAACAAAAAAAUAAUUUUCCGCUAUUAUUGAGUUUAUUAGAAAUAUACACGUUUUAAUUGGAUAUAUAAUACUUUUCUGAAAAAGGUCUCAGUUAACUCAAAAUAGCUGUAUUUUCAACAAAGCAGUAAGUGAUUACACACAUCCUAAAACUUCUAAAUAUCAUUCUUUAAAAGAAAGUGAUAGUUUACCUUAGAAAUUUGUCUUUGAUUUUUGCAUUCUCAAAAACUUUAUGUUCUUGUCGGUUUAGUACAAAGUGAAAAUAUUUACAAGCAACAUUUAGGUCAGAUCUAUAGAGUCAGAUAAAUCCCAGCAAGUGCUGGCAGGGAGUUCUCUCUCUCUCUGUCUCUGUCUCUCUCUCUCUCACACACACAGAGGCAUGUAGACAGACACACAUACACAGAGACACAUACAAACAGACAGAUGGGGUGGGGUGGGCUCUUGGCCCCUCAAACAGGAACUCUGCUUUUAAAAUUCUAAAGAUGGAAAACUUCUUUACUAAGUACAGCGAGCUGACAUUAGCUGAGCCCUUUGAGCUCAUUUUUGCGAACAUUUUAGAAGUAACAUUCAGUCUCUCAGUCUCAGUCAGUGGAUCUCCUUGGAGGAUUAACGGAAACAUUGUUUUCCUGAAUUAACAGUCCCGACCUUUACUCCUGCGUCUCAGUUAUGAUUCCCACAUUCUCUGAGAGCCCACAAUCCUGUCCGUGUACUGUACUAACUUCGAAACAGAAUUUUCAUCUAGUGCAUUACCUCAGCUUCCAAAGUGCAUAGGGCCCUGGUGAUCAUCCACUCACCUAUGACUGGCAUAUUUGAAAAGCAUGAUUAAAUCACUACUGAGAAAAAGUCUCAAAUGAUUUCAUUCACUAGAAGUCCUAAAAUUCACUGCCCCAAAGUGCAAUUCUCGGAAAAAUAACUCUUGCUCUGCAUCUGUGACUAAUAUUUUAGAAAAGACUAAAAAAAGUCUAGAAAGGAAUGCUGCCCUCCCUUCCGCCCUGGCCCGUUUCUGUGUGUGUGUCUGUGUCUCUCUGUGUGUGUAUGUGUGUGUAUGUAUGUGUGUGUGUGUGUGUGUGUGUGUCUAUGCUAGCAUAUUAUAAAAGACAAUACAAAGACAAUUCUGGCCAGAAAGAUAUAACAGCAACAGUGAUUACACACCUGACACUCAGUGGUAAAUACAAAGACUUAAGUCCCAAACUUCUGACAAUGAAAUGUUUCCCAUCUCCCAACUCCUAGCCUAGUCUCAGCCCUGGCAAUUAAAUGAUGAAAACAGAGAUAGCCGGUUGAUUUUCUGUUGAUUUUCUAAUAACAAGCAGAUUACUCCUCUAAGAAAGACUAGAGUGCGGCUUCAGUCAAGUUCUUAAGUUCAAGUACAGGAGCCAAACAACUUAUCAGCUUAUCUAACAAAACUGAUAGGCAAAGAACUCCAGGGUCUGGGAAGGUGGUGGGUAGGGUUCAAACCGCAAUUCCUUUCAAAAGAGUUAGAGGAACUGUUUUUCAGUUUUGGCCACCACUUGAUAAAACACUUAGUUGGGAGGCUGCAGGGAGCUCCGUGACUAAAGGCACCUUGUGCUCACCUCAGACCAAGUUCAUUUCCGGCACCAACACUGAGGGGGCUCACAAGUGAGUGUAACUCCAGCUCCAGGGUGUCCAGUGUCUUUUUUUAAUCUGGUCUCCUCAGGCACCAGCAUACACAAUUACAAAUAACAUUAGCAGAAAACAAAUAAAGCAAACGCCCACCUAACUGGUCCUCUAUACUGGAAACCUUUCUCUUUCUUUUUUUCUUUUUGCUGCCCCCUUUGUGAAAAACAUACAGGAUAGCAUUUUCUUUGCUCAAAAUAAAAGCAACUGCCUUAUUUUGCUAUCUGUAUCAAGAAAAGAAGUGCAAAUGAGAAUAUCUGGCUUUGUAGAAUACUUUUUCAGCAUUCUUUGGAUUUAUAAGAUGUGCACAUAUGCCACAAAAUACUUUCAAGUUGCAUUUAACUUCUAUAAGGCUUUAAAAAUUAUAAUCUAUUUUUAAAAUGGCAAAAUAGGUUGUUUCCAGAAUUUCUCUGGCCUGAUCUUUUCCUCUUCUCUUUAUGUUCUGGACUCGGUGGAUAAUUGCCUCGCUUCUGGCUAUACAGAAACUGCACGUCUAUUUCCUGAGAAAUACCAAUUAAACUGCCAUCGCAGCAUCUCCAACAGCUGUUGGUCUCUGGUGUCAAAGGCCUUCGAACAAAUGGCCGGAAGGCUCUCUGAAGCAGCCUCUGAUGGGGCGCCAACUCUCUCGACAUCCACGCUUUACCUUCAGCUUCAGCUUUCCACUUGGCCAGAAAGCAGGAGAGAGAGAGAGAACACAUCAACUUUGUGGUGUUGCAAACAUGCUAAAGGUUACGAGAAAAGAGCUGCUUUCCCAGGGGGCUAAUCACUCUCAAAGGCCACUCACAUUGUCUUAAAAGGAAGGGGUCUCCCCUUCGAGCUAUUCCAUCUAGGUUUCUGAACACAGCUAAAGAAAGGCUUUCAAUAGAACAAUACAGAACUGCAGCGAUAACUGCUCUUUCCCUGCCCCUCCCCCCACUUCUCCCAGUGGGGCAUGAUAGGGAAAGUUUAUGCAGAUUCUCAUUUAGCCUCACAGCAAUACUACCAAAUUUCUAGUCAAUGGAAAUGGACUCAGAGAGGUUACGUGAUGUGUGCAAGGCCACACGGCUGAAGCCUUGUGUUAUUCCAAGACUCGACACAUCUGGGCUUUCUUGCUACACCCAGUAAAGUGUUUCCUUCCAUCCUUCCUGGGGGAAGUCUCAGUCACUCGGUGGUUCUUCACCUUGGCUGGUAACUUGAUAUUUUAAAAACAUUUCGGCAUGAGCCCCAUACAUGAGCAUGAGUGUGAUUUAAACAGGCCCAGGAAGGACAUGAGAAUUAGCAUUAUCCAAUAGUGUAACAAUGACUUUAAAAAGACAACAAGCCUCUCUGGGGUGAUUAAAUUCUAAAGGUGCUUAGAUAAGUAGACUCCAGACCAAGAGAAUCUACAGGUGGCUUCAGUGUGACAGUCCCAACAGGACUGGUCAUCAAAGAGAGCCACAUGAUUUAUCCUGAGUCUUCCAAGACUUUAAGGAAAGCCACUCAACUGUUCAUGCCAUGGAGGGGGCACCAAGACUGGCAAGAGCUGGCAUGAGACCCAAACCUGUAACACUGGACAGGGUGCACGCUGGGAAUGACUGGGUACUGGAGUCAGUAAGACCAGAUUUCAGACAGCAGCCCUGCUCUUCAGGAACUGUGUGAACCCAGUCACUUGUCUUUGGACAUCCACUGGUUUGCAGGCUCAAGAGGGAUGAUGUUUGCAUGGGUUGAGACCUAUGAAAGGAGGAAGACCGAGGCAGCUGCUUCUUGGGGGGUUUUACUGUUAUUAUGGGAAUGAGAAUGAGUAGUGCCAAGGGGGCACUGAUAGAUUAAAAAGUGUUCCAUUAGCAUCAUUCCUACUUUAAUCACUUAGCAUCCAAUCUGAGGUGUUUACAUUUGCUGUUAGCCUUGGCAGCUAAGGAAGGUGAGUGCUACUCCUCCCACUUCCUAUCCAUUCUCUCUCUAGUUUCUGGGCAUCUUGUGAUUAAAGCCACCUGCAAUCACGCUCAUGAGUUCUCUGUGAAAAUGAUUUUCACUUAGCAAGUACAUGAUAGCAGCCCCCGAGAACAUCUAAACCCUCACUUCUGAACACUACAAGUUGUGGCAAAUCGGUUCCAAUCUAAAUACAGGUGUUGAAUAGGAUUGAGAAAAAAAAAUGAACAAAUAUAUUUGUCUUCAACCUCAUCCAUUUAUAAAAUGACUGACAUGGGUUGAAAAUUUCUUUCUGAAAUGCAAACUGAAGAGCAUUCCAUUUCUUUCACGAAGGGCCUCCAACUACCAGGUGAGAAAAUCUCAUGUGUCCCUGGUUCUUUCUCUUGAAUCACAAAUAAGGAGUAGAAAGGGUCUAGGAGAGAAAAAGCCGUGCUGGUUCUCAAUCAAGGUCACCAGAAGGUCCACGAACUCUGUGCAAGGGGCUCCUGAUUCUAAACAUACACUGAGCGCAUACCCAGGAGGGUAAAGGCUUGGCUGUACAGACACACAGAGCACAUACCCAGGAGAGUAAAGGCUUGGCUGUACAGACGGUCUCUUUUGUGUGUGCGAAGAACCUGAGUGAAUUAUAAAGGCCUGUGAAAGCACCGCUGUGUUUACAGAUACUAUUAUCUGUGGGGUGGUUGGGCACCCCAUCGCCGUUGUUAUUAUUAUUAAAAGGGAAUAUUCAUAUUCAAACGGUUAGAGAAGACUAUCAAUCCAGACCACUCUAUGUUUGAGAGGCAAAUCUCAAUUCUGGUGGUGUCCCCAUUUCAAAACUGCCCCUGCCUCACACUCUAUGCAGGCCCCCUGGGCCAUCAGUGUGAUGGUAUGUGCAUCCUCUCUAGUACUCUAUCUUCUUUAUUUUUUGUUUGUUUGUUUUUGUUUGUUUGUUUGUUUGUUUUUUUGUUUUUCGAGACAGGGUUUCUCUGUGUAGCCCUGGCUGUCCUGGAAUUCACUUUGUAGACCAGGCUGGCCUCAAAAUCAGAAAUCCGCCUGCCUCGGCCUCCCAAGUGCUGAGAUUAAAGGAGUGCGCCACCAUGCCCGGCUCUGUAUCUUCUUUCUAAGGGGUAGGCACAGUCUCACCCUCACGCUCUGUGCAUGCACCGGGCACCCGGACAAUCUCCCAAGCCUCUCCUGCCCUCUCUACCUUCUUUUCUCUCUCUUUCUCAGCUCUCCCGCUCAGUAUUUCUAGUCUCAUGCCAUCUCCUUUUCAUGCUCUGACACUGUUGAAGCAUCUUGGACAUUUAAUCUCAGUAGAAACGGAAACAGAAUCACCAAGAUGUUAAAACAAAUUAUGUGAGGUUUGUGUACAAUUUGCAUACAUCUGGGUAUACUUUGCAGUAAAAUCCCCACUGUUCCUAAUAAUUGUGGGAAAUGAAAUUGGAGUAUUCACAAAUAGCCCUGUGACUGGUAUCUGGCCACACUAUCACACUACCAGGCUGUUAGCAAGUCUAGAACAUAGGAACGUUUCAAAUGAGUUUUCCCCGACUCUGAUUUCGGCGCACUGAUGACUCAUGGUUGGGAGUGCAACUGAGCUUUAACUUCAGCGCUCUGGAAUAGUGCCUAGCACAGGGCGCUCCGUCAAGACAUCUUUGUCAACUGGAUGGCAGAAGCAGAAAGAGAGGCACUGACAUUUCCUUGACUUCACACAGCUCCCAGGUAAAAAGUCUCUAAGAAAACAACUGAGUCACUAAGGACCCCUUAGGAGUCAACUCUUCUCUAAGCUUUGACUUAAAUACCCUUCCCUAGAAUAUACUGUAAUCCUUGGUCAUAAAGGUAACUCACUGGAAGAAAAUUAGAUACUGCUAGCAUAUACGAAGACAAGAUUCCUGACCCCCACCACCUGAGGACAGCAGAUCACCCUGGGUGCAGGCAUACACACCUGACACAGCACCGACAGUUUCUACCCUUGCCUUUGGGACUCGGACUUUCUUUUUACUGCUCAAAGCCGGUUUUGUCUGUUUCCUCUUAUAGCUCCUGCCCUCCUCCCGUGUCCUCAAUCCAUUCCUUCUGCGGUGCCUCGCUCCUAUUUCAAGAGGACUCUGUCCCCAUUUCCCUCUGAGGGCGUCUCCAUUCUUCAGGUUGUUAGGCUAUGAAGACAUCUUUGGUAUCUCCAGUCCUCCCUUUUUGAUCUGGGAUUCUCAAACUUGAGGCCAGGAGGUGCAAAACCCGGUGCACAGGUCACAUAGUGUGUUACUCUUUACAACUCUAAGAGACCUCUACACUGCCCCCCAAGUCUUCUUGGCUCCUCACCCUCCAUCCCCAUCACCUAGGAGUAGGCAUCCUUCUCAUCUGUCUCUUCCCAGCUGACCUUUACCCUUUGACCUUCCUAAAUCAUUCUCCACCUGGAAUUACUGCUUCCUGAACAACCAAACACGUUAUCAGUCCUACCACCGUAGCCAGCCAACCACUUCUGCCUUGCCAGUCCUGUAUUUUUAGGAAUGCCCUGCUCUUGCAGGAUGGUAUUCUAAGGCUUUGACAAUUUCUCUGCGGGCUAAAUUUUCUCUGCGGGCUAAAUGUCCAUCCCUGUUUCUCAUUUCUGAAAAGAAGGACUUACUGCUCACUUAACACCAAAGCAGUUACAUGUUUGUGAUUUAGCGUAUGCAAAAUCGAUUCACUCAUCCAGUAACUGUUUACUGAACAUCUAAUCUAUAAAGGAAUAUACUGAUGCCAUAAGUGCAGUACUGAACAAGACACACAAACCCUGUCCUCAUGGGACAUAGAGGACAGUGGGUUAGAGAGCGAAGAACCCAUUGCAUAGUGGUCUCAGCCCAAAUACUUCCAGUCUUCCAUUAAAAUAUUAAAUGAGGGCUGGGGUUAUAGCUCAGCUGGUGAAGUGCUUGCCUGGCAUGCAUGAAGACCAGGGUUCUACCCCUAGCACUGCGUUAACUAGGCACGGUUGCUCACGCCUGUUAACUCAGAACUCCAGAGAUAGAAGCAGAAGGGUCAGAAGUUCAAAGUCAGCCUCCACUACACAGCCAGUCUGAGGCCAUCCUAAGAUACAUAAAACCAAGUCACAAACUAGAAAAAAAAAAAAAAAAGGAAAAGAAAAUUAAAUGAGGUCUGGAGAUAUAGUUCAGUGGCUGCAUCCAGGUGGUAGGCCCAGAGAUUCAUGCUGAGCACAGAAGAAUGAAAAAGAAGAAAGUCAAAUGGGUCAGCCCUAAAAGAUGAGGGCUCACGUCUGUGGUCCAGGUUUCAAGUGGGCAAGGAGAUCAGUAGAAAGAGCAGUCUGCUGGGGGGGUGAGAAUGUGAAGCACAGCUUUUCUUAAGACACAAAACUCAACCUUCACAGGAUGGGCGAAGGAGGUACCUUCCACAGGAGGCGGGUUGGUAUGAGGACGGCCACACCCAGGAAUAAAAGCAAUGGCAACAUUGUGGGCUCGUUUUUAAACAAAGGUGCACUAAAAUCCCAGCUGUGAGCGCUCAGCUCUGCGAUGGACAAGGAGAUGACUAAGUCUCUGCUUCCACCAUCCAAGGACUUGCAGCCAGCCAGAGGGGAGGGCAAGUGUGUGAUGACCCAUCACACCACAGAAAGGAAAUCGUCCUCAAAGAGAGUCCAGAGCAGGGAGGAAUGGGUCUCGGUUAUAUAAGCGUACUUACAGAAUCAGGUAUUUUAUCCACCUACAUCCAACAGUACAUUUAUGGAAAACAACUGUUCCCAAAUGCCUCUUCGCACUCGGGGUUAUUUUAAGUGAUUGUCCAGCGGACAGAGCAGGUAAGAUUACGUUUUCCAGAUGAGCAAUGAAGGCACAAGUCUUUUAAGCAACCUGCUUUCUGUUGGGAACAUAAAACAGGCAACAAUAAAAAAAAAAAAACACGAAAACACCCUGUCUGUCUCGGCCCACUCCUAUCCAUUACUUGGAUCGUCCUGCACCAUCCAAGUAACGAGCACAGAAAUAAGUUCUAUCAUUGCGUCUGGUACCUAACUGUCACAGUAAACAGGCAGCCCGCUGCUACAGACCAUGACCCAAGGACUUUCUCAUGGGCUGCGUUUUGCAUGGCCUCCACCUCGCCCUGGGUCUCUCCAAAGCAUCAUCAGUCUUACUUCCUACACUGGGUUUCACUCUCAGUAAUCUCCCCCAAAGGGAGCUUUCUGAGAGAGAGCAUCACGAGGCGUGCAGCAAGCACAGUGCGUGGGUUGGAAGGGAUGCAUGCCCAGGACCUCCACGGCUCAGGAAGGGCACCCUGGGCUCUUGCAUCCCUCUCCCUCGUUAACUGCAAGAGUUGAAGUGGCGGGUACCGCUCCCCAGCUUCUGCAAAACGAACUCAAACAAUCGUUAAAUGCCUCCCCGUCUGCAAAACUGUCCGAGGAACAGUGACAAACGGGGACGAGAGAGCACUAAGAGCGAAGCAUUGAAGAAAGGCGAAGUGCGGACGGGACAACGAUGGGUCCCGAACGGAAAGCUUGAGUCUCGGUCCACCAAGGGAAGGAAGCCUCGCGAGAUCUAGGGGUCGUGAUCUCGUUGCGUUGCCUAGCGACAAAAGGACGCUGGCGGGCCCCCUGGCAAAACCCCGCUGUAGCCCUAAGUCUCCUACCAUGGGAGAUGAAGACGGCGGCCGCAGAGGCGGGAUCACUAGGGACCUGCAGAAGCUGAAGCAGCAGGCGAUGGCGUACUACCAGGAGAACGACGUCCCGCGCAAGCUGGAAGAUCUGCUCAACUCCACCUUCUACCUCCAGCCUGCGGAUGUCUACGGGCACCUGGCAAACUACUUUUCUAAACUUGCGAAGCCUCCCUCCAUAUGCAAAAUAGUAGGGAAAACCAUACUGGAUGGCCUGGGACUUCCUACUCUACAGGUGGAAAUCUCCUGCACCAUUCAAAAUUUCCCCAAGUACAUCUGUGCCGUGGCGAUCCCUACGCACUUUGAAGUCGUGGAGAACGCUUUGCCAGAGGCGUUGGAUGCAGAGGACUCAGAAAGGGCCCAGGCCGUGAACACAGCGGUGCAGUGGAUCAAUCAGUCCAUCACAGAGGAGCUGUGGGGUCUGGUCCCCUCCAACCAGGCAGAGGUGGACCACAGGCUCAGGACCUUCUUUGAACAUAAAGUACAAGAAGAUAAAGAGAGAAAAGAAUUGGAAAAGAGCCAGGAGGAGCUGGUUCCCGCACCUCCACCAGUAACGCUGCCGCCGCCGCCGCCGCCGCCUCCCCCACCUCCCUCCAAAAAGAAAGGGCAGAAGGCAGGACGGAGGGAUACGCUUUUGGAGAAACCUGUUUCACCCCCGGAGCCCCCUGAACCAGUCCUCCAUGGUAGCAUGGCCAUAGGCGCUGUGUCCCUGGCAGUGGCCAAAGCCAGCGCAACCUUGGCCAGCGAUCCUCUCUACUUAACCCUGGCGUCACUGAAGCAUGAUCAGGAGCAGCCGUCAACAUUCUCUAUGCCUUUGCUGAUGGGAUCUGUACUGAGCUGUGGGAAGUCGUCACCUGGGAAGCUACAUUUAAUGAAAGAAGUGAUUUGUAUUCCCAGUCCUGGAUUAACAGCCAAACAAAGUGUCGAGUUGCUUCUGGAAAUUCAGAAACAAGUUAACAGAGCGAUGGAGACGCUUCCACCUCCAAAACAAGAGACCAAAAAAGGGCAUAAUGGGAGCAAAAGAGCUCAGCCACCGAUCACUGGCAAGGUAUCUCACCUUGGCUGUUUAACCAUCAACUACGACGCCAUAGAGCAGCCACUGCUGCUGCUUCAGGGGAUCUGCUCAAACCUGGGGUUGGAACUGGGAGUGAACUUCCAUCUAGCCAUCAACUGUGCUGGGCAUGAGCUGAUGGACUACAGUAAAGGGAAGUACGAAGUGAUGGUGGGCACCCACAAAAGCGCAGCUGAGAUGGUGGAGCUCUACGUGGACCUGAUCAACAAGUAUCCUUCCAUAAUCGCCUUAAUUGAUCCUUUCAGGAAGGAGGACGCCGAGCAGUGGGACAGCCUCUAUGCUGCUCUGGCUUCCCGGUGCUACCUAAUUGCAGGCGCCGCUUCCGGGAGUGUCUCUAAACUCCUAGAGUGCAGAAAUAUAAGCACCCUGAAAUCCCACGGACUGAUCAUAAAGCACACAAACCAAACCACAAUGUCUGACUUGGUGGAAAUAACCCAUCUUAUCAACGGUAAGAAGCUCCUGGCCGUCUUUGGAAGCACAGACUCGGAGUCCUCUGAUGACAGCCUUGUCGAUUUGGCUGUUGGAUUCGGUGCCCGGUUUAUCAAGUUGGGGGGUCUUUCUCGGGGUGAACGGAUGACCAAAUACAACCGCCUUCUUGCUAUAGAGGAAGAACUCAUCCAGAGGGGAGUAUGGGAGGAUGCUACUGCCACAAUGGCUGAGGAAACUCUUGGGCUCCUGGACUCCAUCUUCCCCACAGAGGUGAUAGAGGAAUCGGCUAAAACAUGAGCCUCCCUCCCGGUUCUGGACUCCCAGGGCACAGCCACUCCACCAGUGUGGGCCAGCUGGUGUGAAGUGCCUCCACGGUGUGGCUCCGCUCUGAACUCCACUUAUAUCCGUAAAUGAGUAUAAUCACCAACGUGUGCAUGCUUUCGGUUUCACCGUCGGGUAAAAUAUAUGCCUGGUGGGUUUGCCUGCAGCUCAUGAGCUUUACUUUCGAGGCCACUUUGCCAUGGGACACUAGCUCCACUGUCUCCUUCUGAAAGUCAUGACCUAAGUUCAUUAGAGGCUAAUGUAUUUCCGAUGUCGGGUUCACGCCCAGUCACGCACCCCUCAUAAAUCAGAGCGGCUCUAGCACCAAAAGACUGUUUCCCUGAGUAGCUCCCGGCACCACACAGGAAUCCUCUGAUUUUGUUUCUCUUGGACCUCUGUGCUUGGACCACAGAUGCUCUGCCUAGCCACCAACAUGCACCAAGCCUUGUCUGCAGAGAUACUUCCAUCUUAGCUUCCAACAUUGAUUACCUGUGCCUGUAUUGAUACUUCUAUCUUAGCUUCUGACACUUGAUUACCUGUGUCUGUGCCUUUCCUCAUCCCUCUGGUGUGUUCAUCAUCCCUGUAUUAUUUUUUCCCUUAGGUCCCUUUUGAUACAUGAGUGGGAUUAACUUAAUAAAAACACUUGUAAAUGAA